ACUUAACCUAAAAAAAUAAGUCGUACAAUUAAAAAAACUAAAAUAUUAAAAAAAUAUUAAAAAUUAAACAUUUUAAUUCCGAAAUCUCAUUAAAUAAUGACCGAAAAAGGCGAAAUUGAUAAAGUAACCGAAGAAAACAUCUCGUGGAAAGAUUUGGGUUUAGUGGAUGCUUUAUGUACAGCAUGCGAACAAUUAAAAUGGAAAUCCCCUUCGAAGAUUCAAAAAGAAGCAAUUCCAGUUGCCCUCCAAGGUAAAGACGUAAUCGGUUUAGCUGAGACGGGGUCUGGAAAAACGGCCGCUUUCGCCCUCCCCAUUUUACAAUCGCUUUUAGAGAACCCACAAAGAUAUUUUGCUUUGAUUCUUACCCCAACAAGAGAAUUAGCUUUUCAAAUAUCGGAACAAUUUGAAGCUUUAGGCACAAGUAUUGGGGUAAAAUGUGCUGUUAUUGUUGGGGGGAUGGAUAUGAUGUCUCAAGCUUUAGUUCUGGCUAAGAAACCUCACAUUUUAAUUGCCACUCCUGGAAGGUUAUUGGAUCAUUUGGAGAAUACGAAGGGAUUUAAUUUACGAGCUUUGAAAUAUUUGGUUAUGGAUGAAGCCGAUAGAAUUUUAAACAUGGAUUUUGAGGUGGAGGUUGAUAAGAUUUUGAAGGUUAUUCCUCGAGAGAGACGGACGUUUUUAUUUUCUGCCACAAUGACUAAGAAAGUUAAUAAAUUGCAAAGGGCUUGUUUGCAAGUGCCCGUUAAAGUCGAAGUUAGUACGAAGUAUCAAACCGUUGAGAAGUUACAACAAAGUUAUAUUUUUAUUCCAGUUAAAUUUAAGGAUGUUUAUUUAGUUCACGUUUUAAAUGAAUUAGCUGGGAAUACUUUUAUGAUUUUUUGUUCUACUUGUAAUAACACGAUACGAACAGCUUUAAUGUUGAGGAAUUUAGGUUUUACCGCAGUUCCGUUACAUGGACAAAUGUCCCAAAAUAAACGAUUGGCUGCACUUACAAAAUUUAAAGCUAAAAACCGAUCUAUUUUGAUUUCUACAGAUGUAGCAAGCAGAGGUUUGGAUAUUCCGCAUGUUGAUAUUGUAAUUAAUUUUGACAUUCCAACGCAUAGUAAAGAUUAUAUCCAUCGAGUUGGUAGAACUGCAAGAGCUGGUCGAUCUGGGAGGGCUAUUACUUUCGUUACGCAAUAUGAUGUCGAACUUUAUCAAAGAAUUGAGGAAUUAAUUGGAAAAAAGCUUCCUUUGUAUCAAUCGGAAGAAGAUGAAGUGAUGAUUUUACAAGAAAGGGUUGCCGAAGCUCAACGAAUAGCAAAAUUGGAAAUGAAAGAUUUGGGGGAAAAGAAGAAGCGAAAAAAGGGUGACGGAGAUGAAGAAGAUGACACAGAAAACUCAUCCGGAGUUCGUAAACGACUCAAAGGAGGUAAUAAUAAAGGUAAUAAAGGGGCGAAACAUAAAGGCAAACGAAAAAAUUAGAUUUAAAUGAAUUUUUAUUACUUUGUUUUAAAUUGAGGUUAUGUUACAAUAUUUUGACAGUUUGAA